AUGGAUUUUCUUCCAGACAGUGAGAUAACACAGAUAACCAGACUGCAGAGAGAUGCUGGCGUGCAGCGGCUCAGCUGUCACUUCUCCUGGCCGGAGUUCUGUGAUGAGCGCCGGCGCUUCCAUCAGGAGUUUGUGUUCGAUGUCGUCGUGUUCGCCGCCGCCCGCGGCUUCCCCUGGCCCGAUGUGGUCCAGACAGCUGUGAUCGCCAAAACCAUCUUCCCACAGCUGGAUGGUCUGGACGCACCCGAACUUGUGUCCUUGCUGAGAGCUGUGAUGUCAGAGCGUUUACCGAACCUCGGCCCUGUGCACAGACACCAGUUCACCCACUUCCUCGCCGACGCCUGCCUCACUCGGCCCCGGCUUUACCAGGCAGUGGUGAGAGGAGCAGCCGACGUGUCUGUCACUCAGCUUCACCUGGAGGUGCUGCUGCCACCAACACCUCAACCUCUGGCUCAGGGUACAGAGCUGCAUGAGUGGGAGCGGCAGCGCCAGCAAACCCAACUCUGCUCCUCCCUGCGACAGAAGGAGGAGCAGCUGAGGAGCCUCCGACUUGGGCCAAGGGUCACUCUAGGGGACAUUCCUGAGGCCUUGCACCUGGACAAAGAGGGCGUCUCCCGGGUGGUUCGAGCAGCCGUCAGAGCCACUGAGGGUCAGAUGCUGCAGAGUCUGAACCUGGAAGCCUCGCUGCUCAGUGACAUCCUGCAGCUCAGACUGCAGCAGGCAGCCCUGGCCACCAGGGGGCAUCACAACCCUGCGCCCACCAGAGCUGGUCCAGCUGCUGCAGCGAAGGGAAAAAUACAAACAGCAAAAACUGUAUCAGGAGGGAAGUGA